AUGAAUGCGCCACACUGCGCUGAGCCGCGUCAUGGUGUUCAUGUGGCAAGCAAUGGCGCAUAUGUUGCAAGUGCAUGCGUGUGUGCAUUUUUUCUUUCUGCUAUUUUCUCUCUUCCUCCCUUCUCUCUCUUCACAGGCACUUCACAAUUCAUGUACGUCGAAUUUGUCACCUCACCCGCCGGCCCUCUACUCAACACUGGCUUCCAUUUCAAUGUCGGCAAUUGGCCGGGUCAUGUGGAGACGGCGGGCAUUAAGCAUGGCAUUUGCGAUUGGUUGCUCAGCUCGGACUCGUUGAAGGAUAGCAGCGCUAGUGAGGGUAUAUUUUUGAGUAUCGCUCAUUGGUAUCCACCGAAUACGUCGUGCAGUUAUCACAUCAAAGGACGUACGGGCGAAAUUGUGCGACUCUAUUUUCCAAGCUUCCGCAUCAAUCGCAUUGAGUCACCGAUUCUGAAGUAUGACGGCGACUGCGGUGAAUCGCUUACAAUUUACGACUCCGAUCAUCCCGAUCCGGCACGUAUUAUCAAAACCUUCUGCGACACAUUUUCGCGACCCAUGGAAAAGGUGGACUUCGUGAGCACCAGUCCCUCGCUAUACGUGCAAUUCGACUCGAAAACCGGUUCCUACAGCGGCUCUUCGCUUUACUACUGGGCACACUACGACUUCUUCAAUAACACCCGUUUCGGUGAUCCGGUGCCAAAUACACUCUGCGAUGAGGUUAUGUACGCCUGGAAGCAUCCGGGUGGUAAGAUACGCUCGCCAAUGAACUCGCUCAUCUUCAAACGCACUGGCGGCUCUGAUGUACGUUGUCAAUAUAAAUUCGUCACCGAUCGUCGGCUCUAUGCGCGCGCUGUCAUCGAAGUCACUUCGGUUUCGUUCAAAGAGUUACCUUACAACAAUAACGCCUGCACGCGUUGCCAUGAAGAGCGUGUCGAUAAGUUGGUGAUUUGGGAGGAACGCGAGAAAUUCCAGAACAAUCUCGCCUGCUUCUGCGAUAAUAUACCACGCGCAGUACGCGUCAUCUCCUCCGCAGAUCAGAUGAAUCUCGAGAUGAUUGUGCAGGGUCAACACGCAAUCACGUCCUAUUUCAAGAAUCCCAAUCCACUAUUCGAGGCGUCUUAUGAGUUUGCGCACGGUCCGCUAUGCGGCCCCAUAACACUGGGGCCCUCGCCCGAUGGCGAAUUGGUAUUUCCCUUCAAGAAGGCAUUGGCGAUGGCGGCGGGCCCAAUGGCCGCCGUGCCUGAGCAUCAUUAUCGUCGCGAAAAGUGCAUUUGGGAACUGAAAGUGGCGGCACAGCGCGACCUGUGGUUGAAUUUGGAGAAAGCGCGGUUUGCCGAUCGCACUUGUGACAGCGCCAAAAUCGAAGUAUACCUUGCGGGGCGACUCGAGCCACGUUUCAUUAUGUGCCCCGAAAAUAUCUCCUUGGCGCGCGAUCUACCCAUACUCUCGGCAGCCGAUCUGGGUGCGCUUGGCGCCGAUCAGGAACCACUGCCAGUGCUGAUACAAUACACCGGCGAUGGGCAGCCGGGCAAAAAUGCCUUCCGUUUAGUUUGGACCGAACUGUUCCAUUUGCCACGCAAUCCCGAUGGUAGUUUGGCAUCGUCGUUGCUGCAGGACGGUGGCUGCGACUUCCGCUGUCCGGGCGACACAGAGGUCUGCAUACCACGCCACCUGCUGUGCAACGGUGUCGACAAUUGUCCGAACGUGACGCACAUCUCUACGAUGGCUCAACUAACGCGGCACAUUGAGUGGAAUUUGGAGCAACUCGGUCUGCUGCAUCGCGCGCACGCCUACAAGGAUCUCGUGCUGAACGAUGAAUCGGCAGAGAUAUGCCUGCGUCAGGAGUUGAGUGAAUUGCCCUAUGGCAAGCUGAUAUUGAUCACGCUGGGAUUGAGUUUGAUGCUGACGCUAUUCGUGGCGAUAUUGUGCCGCAUGUUUCGGGGGCCGGGUCAUGCCUACCACAGCAGAUACUAGAGGUACGAGUUGUGGUUGCAAGGCAAACCGCUGGGCGUGCACGUGUAGCAGUUGUGUGCGCAGCGGGGCAGGCAGAUGUACGAAAUCGGCCAAGGCGAUAGUGGAGUGGAGGAGCGGCGGAUGUAAACUGCUUCGGGGAAGAAAUAUAUUUUUAGUGUGGAAGUAAUAAGUGUUAAGUUUUGAUUUUUUAUGUAGUUACACCUAAGUAUUGUACCUUUUUGGAAUACCCACUGAGCGAAAAAUACAUACAUACAUACAUAGUUGCCUGCUAAGUAGUAGUGAUUGAGAAGGCAUUAAACAAAUAAAUAAAAUGUAAUUGAAAUGCCUAAUUGGUGGUAUACAUACAAGAGAGUGUUGAGCAUCUAAACUGAGGUUUAGACUUUUGUAUUUGCAUUGUGGAUCUCGGUUUUAUUGUAACAGACUAGCAGAAUUUUUGUAAAACCGGGCUUUGUCCAUAAAGCUUGUAGACACUUGGCGUGUGAUGUUUUGAUGUAGAAAAGUAAGUUUAAGUAAAUGAUUCGAUCCAUACGACUUUCCUCACCAAAUUUUGUAUUAUUUCGAAAACAAAAAAUUAGUUUUUCAAUUACCGGAAACUUGAGCAAAAUAAAAGCUCUAAAGCUGAGCAUAUAAUGGAGCGAUGAAAAGUGUAAUAAGCAAAGCGACCAAAAGGAGACAAAAAAUUGGAACAUAAGACAGCAAUUAAUAGGCAGUUACAGCGCCAAAUAAGAAGAAGAAGGAGCUCUUGCAUUCAAAUGUGUAUACCUCUUUCCGUCGCUCUACUAUAUUCUCUGCCUAUGGAACUAAGGGAGCUGUUGAAAUUCGUAAUAAUUCUUAUUCGAUGCGAAUUAUAUAGCCUCUUGCCAAUUUCAGUCAACUAUGUCCUACGAAUAAAAAAUGAGCUCAAGUUUAGACUCAAAACAGUAAACCGCAUCUGGGCCCCAACUCACUUUCGGUUCAUAAGAUGUUAUACUCGUAAAUAUGUAUGUAUUUGCAUUGUCCUUUCACCGUCUUUGAAAUAUCAACUGCCAAUGGCACAAAUAAAUUUGUGAUUUUUUAUUAAAUACAUACAUAUAUGUACUACAUAACAAAAAGUAAGUUUUUGAUAUUAUGAAAUUAUGAAUUAAUUAGAUACUCGUUUAGAGGGAAAAAAUUACAAAAAAAAUAUUAAAAUAGACACAUUGCAAUAAUGACUUAUAUACUUUAUAAAUCAAGCAAUUACUUUAAUCAAUAAUAUUUCCUUUAACUAACUACUUAGAGCUCAAAACUAUUUGAAAAUUUUAGCCACAAACAUUAGCAUCUGUCAUGCUUCAACG